GCGGUAGCGUCAGGCUCAGCCUGCGUGACGUCGGGAGGAGUGAGUCUGCUGCUGCUGUUGUCGGCCCGUGGGACGGGGGAGGGCGUGAAUGACAAAAGUUCUGCGGAGCGUGUGACCCGGGAGUGUGGGCGCCUCGCUGCCGGCAGAAUUCUAAUGUGUGGAGACAACAUUUCUUUGAAACCAAAAAAAAGAGGGUUCAGCAAAAUUUAUGAGGUGUCAGCUUCCCUCCACUUGGGAUAUUCCUUAUGCUGAUAUGGUAAUUUCAGAGUGGCUGUCAUCAUAGGUGAACAAAGGAACAAACCCCUCUGCCAUCUUGGGAAGUGAGAAGUGUUAACCCCACUCAUGACUGUAGAAUUCUGUGUUCCUUUGUGACAAUAGCUAUAUGGGUGCUGUAUCCUGUCCCCAAACAUCCUGAUUAGAGGUUAGCCGGAACAGCCUGGUAGGGGCCCAUUUCCAGAGAGACGUGGAUGAUGCCAGAACUAUGACAGGGACUGCAGUCUUGGCAUUGAAGGGAGGUGAUCAGUUAUGGAACAGUCAAAGGAGGAAGUACCUGAAGUCAGGAAAGAAGAGGAGGAAAAGGAAGAGACAGUGAUGGCAAUAAGUGGAACCUCAGAGCCAAAUGAAGGUCUAGAUAAUUCGGCACCAUCUGCCAGGUAUACAGAUCUUUCUCAGAGUUCGUCUCCUUCUCUGUUGGACCAACUCCAGAUGGGCUGUGAUGAAGCAAAUUCAGGAAGUCUAAACAUGGAAUGUAGAGUCUGUGGUGACAAGGCAUCAGGGUUUCAUUAUGGGGUACAUGCAUGUGAAGGCUGUAAGGGAUUCUUUCGUCGAACGAUCCGCAUGAAGCUAGAGUAUGAGAAAUGUGAGCGGAACUGUAAAAUUAAGAAGAAGAACCGAAACAAGUGCCAGUACUGCCGCUUUCAGAAAUGCCUUUCACUAGGCAUGUCACACAAUGCCUUUCAGUUAGCACAAAAGCACCCAUCCAGAAGAAUGGAAAGUUUCUUUCCACCAAAAAGACAUGCCUUUACUUGCCUGGAGAAGGAUAUGCUACCUUGCACUCCUCAUCAGCAUUGUACUUGGGGAGCCAUUCGUUUUGGCCGCAUGCCAGAAGCUGAAAAAAGGAAGUUAGUGGCAGGACUGACAGCUACUGAAAUCAGCUGCCAGAACCAGCAGGUGGCUGAUCUGAAAGUCUUUUCCAAGCACAUCUACAAUGCCUACCUGAAAAAUUUCAACAUGACCAAAAAGAAAGCACGAGGCAUCUUAACUGGAAAAGCCAGUAGCACCCCUCCUUUUGUGAUUCAUGACAUGGAUACCCUGUGGCAAGCUGAAAAGGGUCUGGUGUGGAAACAACUGAUAAAUGGGAUGCCGCCAUACAAGGAGAUUGGUGUUCAUGUUUUUUACCGCUGCCAGUGUACAUCAGUCGAGACCGUGCGGGAGCUCACUGAAUUUGCCAAGAGCAUUCCUAGCUUCAUCAGCCUUUACCUUAAUGAUCAAGUAACUCUCUUGAAAUAUGGGGUGCAUGAGGCCAUCUUUGCUAUGCUUGCCUCUAUCAUGAAUAAGGAUGGACUCCUGGUGGCCAAUGGCAAUGCUUUUGUGACACGUGAGUUCUUGCGCAGCUUGCGCAAGCCUUUCAAUGAAAUCAUGGAGCCCAAAUUUGAAUUUGCUGUGAAGUUCAAUGCCCUGGAGCUAGAUGACAGUGACUUGUCCCUGUUUGUAGCUGCCAUCAUCUUGUGUGGAGACCGCCCUGGCCUAAUGAAUGUUAAACAAGUGGAGGCGAUACAAGACAAUAUUCUCCAAGCUCUUGAGUUCCAUUUACAAGCUAAUCACCCAGACAUUCAAUACCUCUUUCCUAAGUUGCUGCAAAAAAUGGCUGACUUGAGACAGUUAGUGACUGAGAAUGCACAGUUGGUGCAGAAGAUCAAAAAGACAGAGACAGAGACUUCUCUGCAUCCUCUCUUACAGGAAAUCUACAAGGACAUGUACUGAGGAACUUAUAUUUAUCAAAUAGGUGAAAGCCAUGGAAUCCAGCAAAUGCUUGUAUAUUAGCAAAGAAAUCUCUGCGUCUUCCAUUUCUUUACUAGAAUUACUUUACUAGAUGAUUGGUCUAUGCUGUAUAUGGUGGCUUACAGUAAAAAAUUUACCACUUGGUAUAGACCAGAGGGCUUCCAUUAACAUACACUAAAUGAAACUUAAUUUGUUGCUACAGUUCAGCUCUUAGCCCUAUUCCAGAGCUGCUGAGGUAUUUACACACACCCUAUAAAUGUACUUGAAUUGUUAUAUUAGAUAACAUUAAUUGUGCCCAAAUUAUUAUAGCAAGUAGUACCUUUAAUUGACAGGUACAAAAAUAGCACUUCAUCACAAUCUUUACAUAUUAUUUUUAUAUUUCAACAAUUUUGGCUGGCCCUAAGUGUAAAUUAUAAGAUAUUAUAAGGAAAUUAUAUGAAUACAGGUAGUCCUCAACUUACAAUAGUUCAUUUAGUGAACGUUCAAAGUUACAAUGGAACUGAAAAAAGUGACUUAUGGCCCUUUUUCACAGUUACAACCUAUCCAGCAUCCCCGUGAUCAUGUGAUCAAAAUUUGGGUGCUUUUGGUUCAUACUGAUGAGCACUGCUGUGUCCCAGGGUCAUGUGAUCACCUUUUAUGACCACCUGACAAGCAAAGUCAAUCAGGAAGCCCAAUUCACUUAACAACCGGGUUACUAACUUAUCAACUGCAGUGAUUCACUUAACGACUGUGGCAAGGUCAUAAAAUGGGAUAAAACUCAUUUAACAGAUGUCUCACUUAACAACAGAAAUUGUGGGCUCAAUUGUGUUAUAGGUUGAGGACUAACUAUAUAAAUUUCCCAAAGAAAUAUCCAAGGGUAGCAUGAAGAACAUGAACACUCCUUGCAGCAAUUCUUUUAACUGGAAAGGCCUUUGGUUUUCAGCCUCAGUGCACAAAAACAGACAUGGCUGAAAGGCUUGUCCCUCCACAUGGGUUUUUACAUGCCUCUGCUCAUUCUAUACUUCAGGUUGUUGAAGCUCUUCAUGAAUUAGUAUAGUGCUUGCUUAUUUACGUAGAAAAGUGAGCUUCCCUCUCCCUCUCUGUUCAGAUACUCGACCAGUAAUGAGCUGGAUGAUAGCGGCCAAAACACAUUUGCAUCCUUCAUUUCAGCUAAAGUAGCUUUAAUGUUAUCUAAAGUUUGAGAAAAAAAGAAUCAUCCUGAUCACCUGAAUAUUUUACUUUUGGGGAGGGGAGAAUACAAUGUAAGAAAGAUUUUAAAAGGCAGCAGACAGAUUCCUGUGAAAUCAGGGUGAUUUACGGAUGGUAAAUAGAGUCAAUAGUAUUUUAUUUUGUGAUCUGUGAUGCAGUUUCUUAUCAUGUCCUUUCCAGGAGGAGGAUUCUUAAUAAUUGCACUUUUGUCUUUCCCACAAGCACAAACACCAUCCUACCUUUCAGGCCUGGUCAUAAGUUAUUUCUUCAGUGCCAUUUUAAUUUAAAUUGGUCACUAAAGGAAUGAUUGUAAGUCAGGGACAACUUAAUUGUUUUAUGGUAAGUUGUACAUGUUCAGAAAACAUUUAACAAUUCAAUGGUCUUAUCAAAAAUUCACAAUUUAAUAUUUCCCAAGCAUUUGAAUUGGGUUACAAUUUUGGCUCCUUUUUCUUUCAUGAUUGUUCCUGCUUUAUUCCAUAGGUGUGUCAGACAAUUUUUGUUAAUAUAAAUUUUCAGCAUAGGUCUUCUUUACUACAGAAGAUUCCCGAGUGUAAGGACUUUAUUGUCAUAUUGAUGUGCCAGUAACAUGGAAUAAUUAUGCCUCUACCAUGUUGAUGUAAUGUGGAGUUUGUUAGACUUCUUCCUGUGGUAACUUCCAAUGUGUCCUGAGUGCAAAAUAGAUCAACAUGGUGGUUGAAUGUGGCAUUAAGAGCAUUGUCAUGUAAUUGUGGUAAUGUUUUUCUUGCUACAUUGUUAAGUAGAUUCUUAAUUUUCAGAGAAGAAAAAUUACUAAAAAAAGAACCGGGAAUACCAAAAGUAGUAUAUCUACACAUGUAUACAGCAACAGAAUUUUAGAUGAUGCAAAAAUUACUUAAAUUGGCUGGUUGUCCUGACAUUUCAGCUCAAAUCAUGUAGAUUUUCUGCUUGUUCUACAUAAUAUUUCAGUUUUUCAUUUCUAGAUUUAGGUAUAGAAAUUGACAAAGAACUUUAAGUCUUAAUUCAUGACACUAAUAACUAACAAUAUUUUCAAACUGACUUUUUAAAAAGUACCACCAUUUUGGUGGGGGAGGGGAAAUAAAGCAGUGUUUAGCAAGAGCUUUACAUGGAGGAAGCCUCCAAUUCACAGAACCAGUUAAAAGAAUGAGGCGAGUGAUAAGAAAGUUUCCUCCUAUGCCACUGCCACUGGGUGUGUGUGUGUGUGUGUGUAUACAUUAGUCAAAAAACAGUUCGACCUUGUACAAAUUAGCUUUCUAUGCUUUCUUUUAUGUUCUUAGUUAUCCAAGAAGGAAAAUACUAAACAAUUGUUCUAUCUUUCUGAGACAUAAAUAGCAGAAAGAAAAGAUACACCUUAGGCCACCUGUAUUCUUGCUUUAGCAAAAUACCAUUUUUAGGCUAGAACAACGUAAGGUUACCAUUUAAAGAUGAGGACUAAUUUGCAAAUAAGCAUGUACUUUAAGUGAAGGAAUCCCAGAUUCUGUUUACAGGUAGGACUUGGAGAGACAUCUGAAAUCCUGGAAUACUAUCAGUAAUCACUGUAAACAGUACUGAGAUAGGGUAACUUUAUAUUUUGCUUCAUUAGUUUUAUAUUUUGCAGUCUUAGCCAUUCCAUUGUGACUCAUAUAAUUUGCUAGACCGAAAGCUUGGUUAUCUUUUUUUAAGAAAUAAAUGCUUAUUUUUUUUAAAAAAGUGAUCUGCAAACAGAAAUAACUGAAUGGAAAUUUGAACUGGGCAGCCAAGUUGCUUAAAUUUUAUUAUAAUCUAGGUAAUUUACUACCAACCUUUAAACAAAAUCCAGAAUGAAUUUUGCAAGCUGUAGAUACUCUUGCAGCCAAAGCAUAUUUUUUGGCAUUAGGCUUAUGUUUAACAACUUGCCUAAUAGAUGCAUCCAGUUAGGAUUUAUGAGUAGGUUGAUGAAGCCAUUGAAAAAUGGAUCAAUAAUUUUCUCUGCUUCUUUAUGUCUGUGAUUGCAGAAAGUAUUCUCCUUCAUUGGUAGUAUCUUCCUUGCUAGAAAUCAAUUUUUUAAAAAAAUAUUGAUCCUUUCUUUGCCAGCCACCUUAAAAAUCCAGACAACUAGACUUGUAGGAGACAGGUAAAACAUCUUUUACUGGUGAUAAUGCUUUAAAAUACUUAAGGGACCGUAUACACAUCUAUGCAGAAAUAAAUUAUUUGAAGAUUGUUUUGCAGCCAUAAUAUUCCUCAGUUACCUUUUCUGCUCCAAACAUUUUUUCCAUGUGUUCCAAUUUCAGACUGCCAAUACUAUUAAUUGCAAAUCCUGUGCUGUUUUUCUAUGGUAGUUGAACCCAUAAUAGUUCAAUAAUCUUUUGUGAUCGUCAUGCAUAGGCUAGUUCCAUUAAUCACUUUGACAUGAUAGCUACCAUGUAUAACUAGUCAGAAUGUUGUUUUUCUUGCUAACUUAGAGGAAGCAAGGUGUUUGUCCCUUCUUCCAAAUCAGCACAGAUGUACAGCAUGUGCUUUUGCUGUAUCUCUAUUUCCAGAAUGAAAUAAGUGGGAAGUUCUACCUCUACCUUGCAGGAAUGAUAUGAAAUGUGUUUUGUUAUGAGAAUUCGUGCUUUAGGAGCCACCAGUGAGGAAAUCACUUAAAAAAAUGGCUUGUGAGUUUUAUAUUUCAGUAUCUGCCUUAGACCUUCAUUUUAGCCACUAUUACUGAAGGCCGGUUUGCCCACAUCUUGCUGUUCCUCAGAUGUUGGAAAAAUAUUUGCAGCACUAGAAGAGCCUGCACUUUCUUUUUUUGCUGAGAGUGUAAUGUCAGAACAAUGUAGCAAUUCUCAAACUGAAAUGUAUAUUUUUGCUAGAAGUUCAGAUUUCAGAUGUUUAAAAACAAAUAGGGACUGACAACAUUAAAGAUAGAAAUAAAUAUUUAAGAAAUAAUUACAAUGUAGCUCUUCUUUUACCUAUUCUAUCCUUAGCUUCCCUGAGGAUCUAGAUUUAAUUUUUCUGUUAACAAAUUUCACAAAAAUACUGAACAAUAUCUCUUAGUCACAAUGUAUUAUGCACUUUUUUUGAGUAAUGGUAAAAUCUUUUUCGGGCAAAAUUGAUUUCUGGUCCUUGGGUUCUUCAGUUUGUUUUACUCUGAAUAUGAAUCUUUUUUAAAAAGAAAAAUAAUGUAUUUAAACUGAAAUAGAAGCAUACUGAAACACAAAAGCCAAUUUAAGAUAUACUUUUGGAAGUACAAAUAUAAAAAUGAUUAAUUUUGUCUUUAGCAUUAAUUUAGACUUUCAGGUAUAAACAUGUUUUCCUAUAUGCAAAUACUAUGAAAUGCCAUAAGUUUCAGAGUUUUACAUAGAUCUGUUUGCAUAUAUAAAUCCACAAGAGACUGUCAAUGUGACAUGCUGUUAAACAACAUUUUCUCUUG